GUUCUUUCGGAGUUGAUUUGACUGCACCGCUCAGACAACAGCCCAUUCGAGCGCGGUGACGUAAUGACGUCGUGCUUGCCCCUGUCCAUUAGCCCAAGAAACCCUGUAUAGAGCUGCCAACGCCCGGUGGAGAGACGGGGAGAGAGUGAGGUCUGCAUUAAUCCAGCUUUGCGGACACUGACGACACAAGAUAGCAGCCAUGCAGACAAUUAAGUGUGUGGUCGUUGGGGAUGGUGCUGUUGGUAAAACAUGUCUCUUAAUUUCAUAUACAACAAACAAGUUCCCAUCAGAGUAUGUCCCAACUGUAUUUGACAACUAUGCUGUCACAGUUAUGAUCGGCGGGGAGCCAUACACUCUAGGACUAUUUGAUACAGCAGGACAAGAAGAUUAUGAUAGAUUACGACCCCUUAGCUAUCCACAGACAGAUGUGUUCCUUGUCUGCUUCUCAGUGGUUUCUCCAUCUUCAUUUGAAAAUGUGAAAGAAAAGUGGGUACCUGAAAUCACUCAUCACUGUCCUAAGACUCCAUUCUUGCUUGUUGGGACACAGAUUGACUUAAGGGAUGACCCCUCCACAAUUGAAAAACUUGCAAAAAAUAAACAGAAACCAAUCACUCCAGAGACAGCCGAGAAACUGGCCCGAGACUUGAAAGCGGUUAAGUACGUGGAGUGUUCUGCACUGACACAGAGAGGUCUGAAGAAUGUGUUUGAUGAGGCUAUCCUAGCUGCCCUGGAGCCUCCGGAAACUCAGCCAAAAAGGAAGUGCUGUAUAUUCUAAACUGUUUAACCGUUUCCUCCUCCCCCCCCCCCCCCCCGACCCCCCUCCCCCCUCUUGAUGUUGCUUACUAUCUCCAUCUAUUGUAGCAAUUCAAUCUAACAAGAACAAAAACAAUAAUACAAAAAAUAAUAAAAGCAAGAUCUUGAAAAAACCUGUGCGUCUUUCCUUAAAAACCCCAACCUGACCUACAUUCGUUUUCCUGCUUUAAUGAUUACUAGGCAAAAAUUGGACUCUCUUAACUGUUUCUUGGGUUGCCUAAACAUUUUCACAUCUAAUAAAUAAAGAAUAUCUGCUCUAAAAUGAAGUGUUUUUGUAAAAAGGUGAAAUGUGUAUUUUUCUGUUAGUACUGAAGAUUGUCUUUUUUAGUAACUGAAAUCCGUAAAUUGGUAGUGUCCCAGUCACAUGCUUACAGCGUGGGCUGCCAUGUUGUGCACUGAACCAGUUUUCAUGAGAAAGACGGUUAUUUCUUCACAAGGAAUUUGUAAUGUCAAAGACACAAUUGUUCAUAGUGUACCGAUUUAACAAAGUUCACAAAUUGUCUGUCUCAACUUGUGUGUAGGUGAACGGUACACUUUAACCUCUGACGUAUUAUAGGCUAAAUGUAAUUAGACUUAUAUCAUGAUCAUGCUGGAGGGUCUUGGUGUAGUUUGAACAUAUGUAAGUGUUACAGUAAAUGUGAAUGAUUUAAAAAAAAAAUUCCUAGUGAUUUUACUCAGUUGGUAUGGGUCUGUUAGAACCCUUCUCAAAUGUGCCAAUCGUCGCACUGUGCAUUAUAGUGAAUAGUGUCGUAUAGCUCUGUUAUGAUAAAGUAACGUAAUCCCUGUUUUAAUACUGUAACAUUAGGCAAAGUUUUUUUUUUUUGUUUUUUUUAACUUGGUGACCAUGCAUAGGGUGUGUAGAUUUUGGCAGGUGUGACUGGGAGAGGUUUUUUCUUUUCUUUUCUUUUUUAUUUGCUCUGUAAAAUAUCUUUUAUACUUGUAUAAAUGGCUGUUGGUGCCCCUUCCACAUACUUUUAAGUCUCCAUCUGUGUUGGGUGUGCAGCUUCUAAGUCAUUUCUUAUACUGAACACUAUUGAGGACGCGAUCGAGGAGAAACACAAACGUGAACUGAUUUUCAAGCAAGGACGUUUCAAAUAUACGCAAGGAGAGACUCUGCCAGUAUUUCCUUCACUUGACUCUGUCCUCAGUCUUCUGGACUACUUCCUAAUAGGUUCUGCUUGGUGUUUAUUCAUUGACAUGAGUAUUGCUGUUGUCCGCUAACCCAUUCCGAAAAUAUAUUUAAGUUCAAAUCU